CGCACUGGAAACGACAUGACGUCAUGGAGCAGCGGCCGUUGUAGUCGUCAGAGGUGUCACGUGACGUUUUUUUAAAGCAGGUUUGCGAGUGAGGUCGAGUGGAAAGGAGGCGGAACACGACGUGUGUUUGUGUGUGUAAUUGUCGGUGGCUCUUCACACGCAUUACACACAUCACACACACCUUCAUCCGGCGCGCGCACCGAUCACCACAUGACGCAUCUGGAUGCGGCUUGAUGCACGCUGGGAAGAAGGAGGAGGAGGAGGAAGAGGAGGAGGGGAGGGCGAUCUGGGGGGAUGCUUUUGUGUGAUCUGAUGUAGCUCUGGUGCAGCAUCGUUCGCAGAGAAUCUUCUAACAAUGCUGUGAAGCGGAGCGUGAAGAUGGCGACGGGAGCAGGACGGCACCAGCAGCAGCAACAGCAACAUCAGCAGCAGCAGCAGCAGCAGCACCUUCCUCCUCCUCCUCCUCCUCCUGCAGGAAAUCCUGGUGCUCCUGCCUCCUGUGCAUCGGGAAGCAGUCCGUGUUCAGCAUCAUGCAACCUGCUGUACGAAUCGGGACUCGCCAUGGAGUACACACACGAGCUGCACCUAAAGAUGAGCAAGAAAAUAGCCCAGCUCACCAAGGUCAUUUAUGCACUAAACACCAAAAAUGACGAGCACGAAGAGGCCAUCCGCUCCCUGAAGGAUACCCAUGACGACGAGCUUGAGCACAUCCUGAGCGAGACACGUGAGAAGAUCCUGCAGUACCGGAGUAGGAUGGGUGCCGAAGCAGAGCUGAAGCGUCGGCUCCAUGCUUUGGAGGAAUCCCUAGAGCUGCACGAGCAGCUGAAACACGAAGCGCUGGCCGAGUUCGAGCUGUACCGGCGUCGCGUGGAGGAGAUGCGCCUCAGCUCGGAGGAGCAGCACACGCAGCGGGUCACCUCUAUGCAGCGUGAAGCCGAGGAGCUGCGCUGCGAGUUCCAGGAGAAGCUGCGCUCCUUCAGCCAGCUGGAAGCACGAAUCGAGCAGGAGAAGCAGCGAGCGAUGGACGAGCUCAAAUCUAUCCAUCAUCACGAGCUGCAGGAGCUGAUGGAAAACCACCAGCAGAGCCAAAGCGCUUCGGUGUGUGUAGAUCAGGAGGAGCUGAUUGAGCUCGAGGAGCUGGUCGAGGAGCUGAAGCAGGAAAAGGAAAACUUGGAGGAGGAGUACGAGGUGAAGCUGGACGACUCGCGCGCUUUUUACGAGCGUGAGCUUGAGGCCAUGAGGCGCACGCAGCAACUCACCACAGAGAACCUGCUAGCCUGGAAGAGAAGCGAAGUGGAGCUCAGAAAGGAGUUUCAGCUGCAGGAGGCUGCACUGCAAAGGACGCUGUGCAAACUUCGCUCUGAUCUGCACCGUGCCCAGGAGGAGGCGCGUGAGAGCCGCGACAAAACCAACAGGCUGCAGGCUUCUCUCAAUAACGCCGAGGUCACCAUAAAGGAGUUACAUAAGCAGCUGGAGGAGGCCAUACAGGACGGAGAGAUUUGGGUGAUGCAGUUGAAGGAUACGGAGUAUGAGUUGGAGGGAAGCAGGGAUCGAGUGCAGCAGCAAGCCACUGAAAUCCUCCACAAAGCCAGUCAGAUCGGCACGCUGCAGGCCACUCAAAUGAGCCACGAGGCCACCAUUAAGGACCUGCAGCAGGAGCAGAGCCGUCUGAGGGAGAAGAUUGUCCAGCUGGAGGAGGAGAAGGACAGACUGCAGAGUCAGAGCCAGGAUUUAGACGAACAGCAGCGCCUGCAGAUCCUCAACCUGGAAAAAUCCAUAUGUGACCAGAAACAAAAGUACGAGCUGGAUUUGGCUCAGGCUCGGGCUCAAUAUGAAGAGGAGGCUGCUCAAGUGAAAGAUGACGAAGUCAAGGCUCUUGAGGAGGUCAUGGAGAAGCACAGAGUGCAGCUGGAGAGCGCACACAACUCUGCAGAGAGAGAAAAAAAACAGCUCAUCAACGAAAUGAAACAGCAGUAUGAGAUCCGGCGUCUCUCGCUGGAGGAACAGAGGAGCUGCAUGCAGCAGCAGCUGGAUACUUUCCGUGAGGAGCUCACUGCCAAGCUCAACAUUGCCAACCAAGAGGUGUCUCAUCUAAAGGAGCUGGUAAGGGAGGGGGAGACAAACCUGGAUUCAGCCGAGAAUCACAUCUCUCGACUAAAAGAGAACCAGGAGAAGCUGCUCAUUGAGCUGGAUGCUGCCAGAGCCAGAGUGAGAGAGACUAACCAUGUUCUCACUGAUGUACAGGAAGAGAUCGAAAGCCAGAAGCAGCAGCACGAGGCCAGGAUCGUUGCCAUCAAAGCUGAGGAGAAGCAGAAAAUGGAUAAAAUCACCAAGGAGCUUGAUCACAAAUGGACGGAUGCUCUGCGAGCUGAGCUAAAGACUCUAAAAGAGGAGCUGACGGAUGAAUACGAGGCCGAUAAACAGGCAGCGCUCAGCCAGCUAUCUCAGCAGAAAGACGUAGAGAUCAUGGUGGCCAGAGAUACCUGGCAGAGGAGGGUGGAGGAUCUCCUGGAACAGAUUUCCUUAUUAAAGCAAAGUUUGGAGCUGCAGCUCUCGCAGUCAAACAGCGCUCUGCAGCAGCUGCAGUCGCAGUUCACCCAGGAGCGGCAGCACUUGGCCCAAGAGCUGCACGAGCUGGCGCUGGAGCAUCAGCAACGAGAGCGCCAUCUGCAGGACGCCCACUGCUGCACUAUGCAGGACCUGGAGGAGGCACGCCAACUUGAACUUAGGGAGCUGGAGGAUCGUCUGAAGCAGGAGCAGCGUGAGGAGCUGCAUGCGCUCAAAGAAGCCCAAAGACAGACGCUGGACAUUUUGCAACAACAGUCAAAUCAGGAGCUGCAAACUCUUCGAUUCGAGCUCGAAGAUGAGGGAAAGGCCAUGCUGGCCUCUCUGCGUUCUGAGCUGAAUCAUCUGCAUGCUACAGCUAUCGAGCACCUGAGACAGAAACACCUGCAAGAAAACACAGUGGCCAAAAGAGAGCUGGACAAAACAGUGGAGUGUUGCAAACAGCAUGAACAGGAUCUGCUGGUUAGUUUCUCAGACCUGCAGCAGGAGGCAAACUGCAGGAAGAACCGUGUCGCAGAUCUGGAAAACGAGAUUCACUCUCUGAAUGAAACCGUCAACAAGCUGACCAAAGAGCUGGAGCUGAAGGGCAAAGAAGUUCUGCGUGUCCGCAGUGAAGCCAAUUUGCAGAUCAGGGCUCAUGAACAAGAUCUAUCCAAGAGGCAUGAGAGAGAGCUAGGCGAGCUCAGCGUGAGCCACAACAGAGAGACACACAUCAUGUUGUCUGACUUUAACAAAGCUCAGGAGCUGCUGAAGGACAAGAUCUCAGCCCUUCAAGUCCUGCUGGAGGGAACCGAGGACAAGUUUCGAAAUCGUGAGAGCAGGUCGGAGGACUUGCAGAAGAUCACUGAUCUCCGAGAGAUGGUGGCCGAAAGAGAGUCUCUGGUCAAAAAGUUGGUGGAUGAUAAGAAGUUCUACCAGCUGGAGUUGGUGAAUCGAGAUACAAGCUUCAAUAAAGUGUUCAACACCAGCCCCAACGUGGGGGUCAUUAAUCCACUCAUAAAGCAUAAGAGUAGAAAAGCUGCAAUCCGAUUCAUCAGCUCUCCAAACCUAAGUGUUGUGGAAGCCGAAGAGAGAGGGGCGGGGCCUACCAGCGUAGAGUCUGUCCCAAGUUCCCCCAAUCAGCACGCAGAGCACAAAGCUCCGUCCCUGACCCUGCCCACGCGCAGCCAUCGUGAGAGCGAUGACGCGACAGCAGCGGCGCCAGAAGAGUCGCCCGAACUCUCGUCUCAAUAUUUCUCGUUCUGACACUUUCCACCAGAAGAGCAUGCGAAAAAAAAAAACAGCACUUUUCAGUCGUCCAUUAGUCUGUGUUCUGCACUUCACUGUGAACUUCACUUCCUGUUUUUAUUUCAGUAAUAAUAUGAAGAAUAAUUAUAAUACUCUUUAUUCCUUUGACCUGGGCAUUAAUGCAAUAUGAGAGGAGAGGUUUAUCCGAUUUCGUCGAUCGCACAGAUCAGAUCUGUCUCUUCUUGAAGGACCGAAACUGUUGGAACAACACUGUCUUGCCAGUUCUGAACAAUUUAAUUUACAAUUAAUUGCACAAUUAAUUGUUUAUAUUUGUAUUCGAUUUGUCUUGUUACGAAACAAUAAACCAUCAAUUAUAAAAAAUAA